AUGUUAAACUACUUAAAGAGCUACGAAGCACCUUUAAUGCCUCUAGACGAGAUCUUGGUAUCACUUUUACGGCUCCUUCGUCCUACUAGUUUUGGCUUCUAUGGUCGAUCUUUUACAUUAUUAGAUACCAGUUAUGGGACACUAGGUUGCUCUUUUAGUGGCGGUGGUGAUAUAGGAGUCUAUACAGACACCAGCGGUUAUCUCGCAUACUACAAGAUCGCUAAUAUUCUGGAGAAAGACUCUAGUAUUACGCCCGUUCAUGAUAAAGAUACAGCAGUAUUAUACUUUUAG